UCGUUAGCAAACACUGGUAGUCUAACAUCUCUAGUUUUAAUUGCACAAGCCGUUUGAAUAAAAUGUUUGGCGACAAAGCAUUCGAUUUGCUCAAAGAUCUAGAACGAUCAUCUCAAACUAUUCCCGCUUUUGACGAUGACGGCUUGCGACAGGUACUGGAAGAGAUAAAGGCCAUCUUCGAAGAGAACGUCGCACAGGCUCAGUCCCAGGGACAGGCUUCAAGCUAUACCCUAUUGCACUUUCGACACGCAGCAUUACAACGCAACAAGCGUUGCCUUCUAGCCUAUCUCUAUGAACGGUGCCGACGCAUCAAAGCCCUCCGUUGGGAAUUUGGUCCAAUAAUUCCAGAUGACAUUAAACAGGCACUCUGUGAGCCGGAAAUCCAGUUCUUUAACAACUACUCUAAAUCUCUUGCAGCAUAUAUGCGUGCUGUAGGCGAUAGUCAAGGUAUUGAUCUAACCAGCAAUUUGCGACCACCGAAAUCGCUCUAUAUUGAAGUGCGUUGCAUUGAAGAUUAUGGUAAAUUUGAGUUGGAUGAUGGCGAAGUAAUACAUCUGAAGAAGAACAGCCAGCACUAUUUACCAAGGGCACAGGUGGAGUCACUGGUGAGGCAGGGAAUAUUACAACACAUCUCAUAGAAUCAAAACUAUGAAAAAAAGAGCGAAUUUCUUGCGGCUUGACUGAUAAUUUAUUGAACCUAACCAUCUGUAUUUAUUAAGCGUACAUGUAUACAUAUGUCACAUGGUCCUGGCCUAAAUGAAAGUAUUGUUUUCACUUACCAAAGCAAUCCGUCUAAGUUAUUUUUUCACGCUUUGUAAAAUUUCGCUUUAAAUAAUUGACUGAGCAUCCACAGGUGGUACGUUAGAAUCAACUUCAACCACACAUGUCAGUGUGUAAGUGUAAAACCAUGUAAAACUAUCAAAUCGAGAUCUGAAGACACAACGACUACAGGCUGAUGCUGUCCGUACGUUUAGUAAUUUUUUCUAGCCAAUUCAAAGAAUGAAAGCUAUUUUCUUAAUGUGUGUGCUUUAAUAAUAAAUUCUCGGAAAUUACUA